AUGUCCCCAACUGGCACGAAAAGAAGCAUAGCCCUAACACGGGCUCUCACAACACUGAAAGAUACACAGGAAACAUUUUCGCAGACGAUGCGAGACAAAACCAGUCUCAACAAAUCAACAUCCGAACCGUCAUUGACAAAGUCAAGCGACACGUUCGAUGGUUUGUAUCAACAAACUUCUGCAUUCCAUGCGCGGGAUUUGCCACCAGAUCAACUUCUGAGGACCUUAAUUCACAUACUUGGCGACAACAAACAUCCGAUCCGCAAGCAUCCACACGUUUUCCCGAUGUUCUCCAAACUCUCAAAGCAAGCGGUUGUGGUGAGAGCACCACUUGUGGCAAGCCAAGAUAUUAUCGAUCCUUCCCGCAUGGCUGAAAGCAUCCGGGAGCUCAUGAAACCCAGAAGAGUCAAGGGUGUUCCCUGCGAUUUGGAUGAAGUAGCUUUGGAGAACCUCUCCACCAUGAGAACUGAGAUUCUAUCACUCUAUUCGCGGCCCGGAGGAAGCGUUGCCGUGCAGAAGUCGCAACUGGUGAGCCUGACGGCAAAGGAAAUCUUGGACACGGCUGACAGUUCCUUCGGACAGAUGCACACCCUGGUGGCUUGCUUGGAGGCAAUGAUAGAGAAGACCGAGCAGGAUGUAGAGCACUGUCAGAGACUUCGGCUCCAUCAUGCGGUGGAACGGACUUUGGUGAUGAUGAGGCAUUUCACUGCCAGCCGAGAAGUUGUUUUCCGUGGGGUGAAUUUAAUCCGCAACCUGACGGCCCAUGACAUUCUCUCCGUAGAUGCUAUUUUGCUGCAGUCCGUAGCUCCUGACCUGAUGCUGUCGUUGGACAAUUUCCCCGCUGACCAAGAGAUGCAGCGGUUGGGUGGACAAGUCCUACGUCGUGUAUACGUUCGAGCCAGGGAGACAACGAUGAUGGGAGCGCGUGUGGUGACAUUGGGCAAGCAACUGGAUGAGGUCUGGACUUUCCAUGGCCUGUCGCGAGUUCUGACUUCCAUGAGGCUUUUCCAACAAGAUGCAGAUAUUCAAGUAGAAGGCUGCAUGCUGCUUGCGUCGGUGGGAGAGCUGCUGUACAACAACGGCUAUGCCACAGCUGUCUUUAAGCUUCUUCAGACUGGUAUUCGCAAGCAUACUGGACGAGCUGACUUGCUUUGCCAAGCGAUCCUGAUUAUUUCCCGUCUCGGAUCUUCCUUUUUGUCGCUGGAGCGUCGCGGCAUUCAAACGAUAGUUGAUGCUAUGGCGCGUCACAGAUCUGACAGACAAUUGCAAGUGACAGCUGUCAGAGCUCUCUUCACUUUAUCCAAAGAUGAGCUGGCGCUGCAAGCAUGUCGGUCGGGAGGAGGUGCUGGCGCAAUUCUUGAGGCCAUGGCCGCUCACCCUGAUUCAUCUCAAAUCCUUCAUGAAGGAACGCGAGCCUUGGAGAAGCACUGCCCCAGAGCAGUGGCCAAGAUCUCACGCCUUUGUGGUGACAUUUCUGCACUUUUGCCUCCAACCGUAUGGUCCACAGGCCCAGAUCAGGUCACCAUGCAGGUUUCCUUGGAUGUCGACGCGGUGAAGUCGGUGUUCAGCUUGCGAGGAAUUGAGAACCUUGUUGCGGAGUUCAAUCCACCAACUAGCACGAUGGGUCAGAAUGAGGAAGACAAGCUACAUUUGCAAGCAGGUUUUCAGAAGAAGAAAGGCUUGCGCGAUGGAAUCGACGCGGCAGAUCAGCUUUGGAUGUCCAUUGGAUCAACCCAGGUGGCAAUGCCCCGAGGAAGCUCCAGCCACAACAUCCGUCAGAAAGACAUUAAUGCUCUUUCUCAGCUGGGUGGUGAUGUCGAAGUUCUUCGUCAGCCUGGGCCAAAACGAGAUCAGGUCCGCCGUCUAUGUGAGGUCUUGGCUGAAGGAGUCGGACCAAAAAAGUACAGCGCACAAGACGGAGAGCUGCUGAUCUUGCUUUUGGGGCAUUUCGCGUGGUUUUCCCACAGCCAUGCUAGGGAGAUCAUUGAGUUUGGUGGCCACACUGCCAUUGUUGACUGGCUGAGAACUGACCGCUUCAAGGGCCAAAGCAAUCCGCUGGAUGACACCCUGGCUUUCCCUUUACAUCGUGCAUGUUUGUCGGCUUUGGCCUCCAUUUGCAGACAUGGCAUCGACACCUCCAAUCAUUUGCUAGAACUUGACGGAGUGGAACUGGCACUAGAGUUUGCAACACACCUGGAAGCGGGGGUUCGCUGUGCAGCGCUGCGGCUUCUAGCACGGCUCAUCCCAUACGCAGCCAAACGCCAUCCUCAGAAAGAUUCGCUUCCCUUGCACAUCAUGUGGCCGAUCCUGCUGGCCGAACUGCAAAGUGGAGACGAGCUUUUGCGAACUGUGGCAGCUGCUUGUUCUUUGGAAGCGAUCGCAACUGCAUGUGUGCCUGUUGAUGGAAAUGUUUCCCAGAAUUUGGCAUUGGCUUUGUUGCAUGCUUUGGAGUUGGCGACAGCUUCAGACUCCUCAGCCACCGCAUUGCCAUUGCUAAUCGCAGUGAACAGAAUGGCCGCAGAUGAGGAUGAGGGCAUUUGCACGGCCAUGCGGAACAAUGAAAACUUGAUCCCACUCCUGACAGACUGGUUGCCGAAGGCCACCAAGCCUAUGGCUGUUGCAACUGCCAAAGCAUCGGGAUUGUCUGCUGCUUGUACUUUGCGCUUGCUUAGUGAGGCAGGGGCUGCUUUGGAUGGAAGCGAGCUGGCCCCGCUUCUGCGCUAUGGGACCAGCAUACGAGCAGAAAUCCAGUUGCAGGAGGCAUGUCAGGCAGCUAUUGAGAGCGCUGUUCACCGUGAACAAGAUGCUGGUUUGCUGAUCCAAAUGCUGACAAACAGAUGGUCCGAGUCCCCACCUGGUAUUUGCGGGUAUUCGGUGAUGAUCCGAGUGGCGCAGCGCGCCACCGCCAUCAUCAAACAAGAUCCUGACCAAGCAAGUGAAGCUUGGCUGGAACUCUUGGAGCACUCGAUAGAUACGGUGCUGCUGGAUUUGGCUGAUUCCAAAGAUAUGCUCGAAGUCUUGGAAGAGCUGCGGAGCGUCACCCGAAAGAUCAUCAGCAUCCGAAAUGGUGAAUUGGAAGAUGAAGUGGAAGGAGAAGACGCUCCGGACGAACGAGAAGAGGAAGAUCCUGAAGAAGGUGAACGAGUCGCAACAUCCUAA